AUGUUGUUUCCUCCUAGGAUUCUAGGGUACACAACAGAUCUGGAUUCUGAAACUGUAGAUGAUGCAUUUACUCGAGCCCUUCAAGUCUGGAGUGAUGUCACACCUUUGAAGUUCACACGACUUAAUGAGGGAGAAGCAGAUAUCAUGAUAAAUUUUGGACGUUGGGGUAUUCCAAUAUCUUUACUUUCUUUAUGGCUCAUAACAGUAAUGCUUAGGAUUUGUCUGAUGCAUACUAUUUUUUUCCCCAGAACAUGGAGAUGGAUAUCCCUUCGAUGGAAAAGAUGGUCUCUUGGCACAUGCAUUUGCACCUGGAUCAGGUGUUGGGGGGGAUUCUCAUUUUGAUGAUGAUGAGUUAUGGACUUUAGGGGAAGGCCAGGGUAAGUAAUAAUAUAUAACAUUCCUCACCAAACUGUUUCAAAGUCCCCCGGGACCCCAACCCUCUCCUUUUAGUCCACUGUAUUUUGUUUACUUCCUUCAAACUCAUCCUUUUAAUUUCCGAUAUUUAUGUAGGGCUGCCUGCAGAAAUAGAGAGGCUGUUACAGACACAAUGACUUGUCUUCCCCACUGUCUCUGUGUGGAAGUGAGGUCUUAAAGGAAACCUUCAAAGACCACUGAAUUCUUGGAAUGAAGUCAUCUGUUAAAUUAAAACAAUCUUAAUGAACUCUACUUUCUGUAGCAUUCUUUGUGAAAAAUCAAUUUUACCUAAUCUCAUCAUGCACAGCUUUACAUAUUUCAAAGCACCAAGAAUGGGAUAUGCAAAGGGCAGUCAGUAUUGCUUAAUGGCACUAUAAACCCUCUUAAACAAUCCAAACAAGGAGGAGGAAGUGGCGCCUUAAGGUAUACAAACUGGUGCUGCUAAAUCACCCAAGUGUUUUGUCACCAGAUACACUUAAAAUGUGAUAGAAUUAAAAACAGAAAAGGUGAUAUUUGCACACAGAAGUUCUAUUUACCUUAUAAUAAUAUAUUUUCUGAGUAGAGGUAUAGUCUGUCUAGGUCUGCCUUUUACCCGCCAAUUCGUACCAUGCUGUGAAGUGGUGUAGCAGUAAGAGUUCUAGGUUUGGAAGAAAUCCUAGAUUUCGCUUCUGGAGGGGAGCUUUAGGGGCUAAAGUCCUAGAAGUUCCUUGCAUUAAUUGCCUUUAGACUCAGUCCAGCUUAUUGGCUUGAAUGCGGAAAAAGGGCCAGUCAAUCCAAAAAUGCUUCUGUUGAUGGAAUGUUUAUUAUUCAGAGUGGUGGAGGGGCAUCAAAACAGAAUAACAGUGGUGUCCGUUACAUUUCAUGACUCUAAUGCCUAUGAGCAGUUGCAUGCACUUCUCAUAGAGAAGCCUGUGAUUGAAUUCCCAAGUUUAUCAAGACAUUUUGCAGGAGAACUUAAGUCCAUCUGUCUACCAGCUGAAGCUCAACAGAAGAUGGGUGUUGUAACAGGACAAUGACCCAAAGCAUAGAAGUAAAUCAACAAAAGAAUGGCUUAAACAGAAGAAAAUACGUGGGGGCAUGGCCGACCGGCGCUGGAGUAAGUCGCAAGUAAGCCAGGCUCUGCGGUCCCUGGCUCAAAAGCCCCUUUUCACAGCGUACCGGCAGCCACAAUGGGGAAAUCACGGCGUCAGCUGACCCCCGGACAUGGCAUCGCCGAAACGGCAGGCGAGCCCAAUGGACGAGUUUCUGUCCACACUCGACGGCCUCAGACACACGCGGCCGUCGGGCAAAAUGGCGCCGGACUCACCUGGCACAAGCAGCACGGCCGGAUCCAUAGCAGGUUCCACGCAAGCAGACACCCUAACCCAGAUAUCUGCAGAGCUAGCAGCCAUAGCCUCUAACAUGCUGACAAAGGCAGACAAGGUGACCCUGGUGCAGGAAAUGCGCUCUGCUAUCAGAGAAGAGAUUCAAGAGGUGAGAAAUAACCUAACCGCCCUGGAGCAGCGGGUCACUGAGCAAGAAGCCGAUUGUAUGCUGGCCUCUCAACACUCCAAAGCAGCUGACAAUGCUACCUCAAGGCAGGGUACCUUUCUCCUAGAUCUAAGGAGACAGGUCGAAGACCUGGACAACCGCGGCCGCCGUAAUAAUAUCCGCGUGCCCCUAACUGGUAUUGCUCAGGCGCAGGAGGGAAGUUAGUGGGACUAGCGGACUUGGGGGACACCAGAGAGAGUUGGCGGGGAAUGGGCCCGGAUGCCUGUUUGGGGUGGGGGGGAGGAGGCGACACCACACUCCACAUAGCCAACAAGAUAGGCACCACGAGCCUCUGACACCUAGCCCAUGAAUAUAGGGGGGGUACCACACCAGGCCUCGAGAUAGGGAAUAAGUGGGACUGAUAAACUGAGGCAUUAACUGGGCAACUGAGACCUGAGACACAGACCCAACGGGGAGGGGAGAACCUAGGUGGGCAUCACAGACAUACCAGGGGGGAGCUGACACCCGCGGGGGGGGACUACAGAGGUAGGCGAGGCCCGUUGUGGGACCUUGGGGCGGGACCGGCCUGUCUCCUGCUGUUUAAUAGUAUACUUAGUUUUGCCAAGGUUAUACUAUAAUGUUCAAGUUACAUGUGUUUUUUUUUCUCUGUUGCUUAAUUAUCUGAUCUGUACACAAAGGGUCCGCAGCUCAUGGCUGCGAUGCGUUCUUGAAUUAAUGGCCCCCCAGGCUCAGGUAACCCGAGCAACUCACUUGAGCCGGACACAAGCAGUAGCCUCAAUUUCCCCAUAAUGAUUUAACUCCACCUAGUUACUACGACCCCACACAACUGACUUGGCUUGUAAAUUAGAUCAGGCCCAGGGGUCCCACCAACCAUAGACGGACCGGACGUCCCCUGGAGCAUACAACCGAUCUUGGGUCAUUGUUGUCUGAUUACCCCUGACCAUACCAUCCCUCCCCCCCACAUACCGACUGUCACCGACAGACUCGCUCAUAGACCACGCCCGUCCCCAUCUCUCCUCUCACCACCUAUUAUAUCUAACUUCUCUCCCCCCCCUUCCCCUCAUCCCCACCGCCCCCUCCCCCCCCCCAGCCUGACCCACCUCUGCUGCAAUGUCUCGAAAAUUCCAACCUGCCCGGCUUCGGUUCUGGUCCAACAACAUAAGAGGCCUAAACAUUCCCGAGAUGCGCACACAAUUCUACGGACACUGUGGUCCCAGAAGAUCUCCGUGACAUUUCUGCAGGAGACCCACUUUAAAGAUGGGUCAGCCCCCACACUACAUGAUAAAAGAUUCCCCCAGGGCUUUUUCGCGAACCACCAGGACUCCAAAAGAUCAGGUGUGGCAAUCCUCUUCGCAGGGACAGUGCCCUUCCAAUGCACCGCCACACAGGUAGACCCACUGGGAUGGUAUCUCUUCAUAAAAGGAACCAUAUCGGAACGCCCAUAUACCCUAGCUAAUGUGUACUGCCCCAACCGGGGUCAACACACAUUCCUGGCUAAGGCACUGACCUGCUUAGAAAAAUUCAAGGAAGGCUUACUGAUAUUAGCGGGUGACUUGAACACCCCUCUGGACCCUCAAGUAGACACGUCAAGGGGUAACAGCUCCAUCCCAGACCACUGCAUAUGCAGGACCAAACAAACACUCAAUAGACUAGGCCUGUCUGACUGCUGGUGGGCGGCACACCCUGACAGCAGAGCUUAUACCUGCUACUCCGCCCCCCACAAUCAAUACAGCAGGAUAGAUUACAUUUUUAUUGCGCAAGAGUUCCUCCCCCUGCUCAUUACCGCAGACAUUGGAAUCCAAGGAGACUCUGACCACGCUCCUGUGUCCAUCCAGAUUCAAUCACCCCUCUUCAAGCCGUAGGAGCGCCAUUGGCGAUUAAACGAAACCAUACUAUCAGAUACAGAAUGCUCUAGGCUGACCACACAGGUCCUUACCCAAUAUUUUGAAACAAACACUACCCCAGACGUAUCCAUACUGACAACCUGGGAGGCGCACAAAUGUGUAGUUAGGGGGCACUACAUAAAUCUUUGCACGCAGCGCAAACGGGAGAACACCAGACGCAUCCUGGAAUUGACUAAACGGAUAACCGAACUCGAAACCACCCAUAAAAGGGAUUUGACAGAAGACAUCUACCUCCAACUGACCAACACGAGGCGACAGCUUAGGGACAUACUCUCGCAGAAGCUGCUUAAAGUGGUAUGCAGAUCCCACCGCUAUUUUUAUGAAUACUCAAAUAAAUGCGGUAGACUGCUGGCCUGGACUUUGCAGCAGAGACGGAGGCAAACCCACAUUCACAAAAUAAAAGCUCAUGGCUAAAAGGAAACGAGAUUACCAGCAGAGAUCCUACAGGCAUUCAGGGAAUAUUACACAAGCCUAUAUAACCUGGCCUAUACGCCUAGCGCACUUUCCCCUUCACAACACAAACACAAGCUAACAGACAUCCUCAAAAACACGUCACCCGGAAACUUACCCCUGACCAAGCCGCGAAUAUGGAACAACCCCUGUCCCUGGAGGAACUAACCGCGGCGCUUAAGCUAACCAAAUCAAAUAGGGCGCCGGGUCCAGAUUGUCUCCCGGCGAGCUACCUCUGCACAUAUAGAGACCUUUUGCUGCCACACUUGUUGACAGGCCUGAACUCGCUGCUAAAGGGUGGACAGUUCCCGGUGGACACACUCCGGGCCGUGGUAACGGUCUUGCCUAAAGAGGGAAAAGAUCCACCCUGCUGUGCGAGUUACCGCCCCAUUUCCCUCUUGAAUGCAGACCUAAAGUUGUUCGCGAAGGCCAUGGCCCUCCACCUCGCUGGGGUGCUUCCCUCACUGGUCCACCCAGACCAGGUGGGCUUCAUCCCAGGCAGAGAAUCACGGGACACCACCAUACGGGCCCUCAACAUUAUCCACUCGGCUCGAAGGCAGGGUUGGCGUCUAACCCUCCUCUCCACGGAUGCUGAAAAGGCCUUCGACCGAGUGGACUGGUCCUACCUAGCAGCUACCCUACAACACAUGGGACUCGGACCCAAUACCCAAGCCUGGAUAGCGGCACUCUACACGACGCCCACGGCUUGAAUACGAGUCAAUGGUGCCCUUUCAGAGCCAAUCCCCAUACGAAAUGGCACACGACAGGGGUGCCCCCUGUCCCCCCUGCUGUUCGCCCUCUCCCUGGAACCGUUCCUGGAGGCGGUCAGGAUGGAUGGGGGAAUCACAGGACACACAAUAGGGAACGUGGAACACCGGGUGGCGGCAUAUGCCGACGACCUGCUCUUCUUCCUGGAACAACCCCUGCUUACCAUCCUAAACACACUAGGCCUAUUCCAACAAUUCGGGAUGAUCUCGAACCUGAAACUCAACACUAACAAGUCGGAGGCCAUGAACAUCGCGGUCCCAGCCGCUCUUGGUGCGGUACCAAAUUGAAAUAUCUCGGCAUUUGCCUGACCAAAGAACUCUCACAUCUCUACCAGGCUAAUUUUGCCCCAUUCCUCGCCUCCUUACAGGCUGACAUGACCAAAUGGACAGACCUCUACAUUUUGUGGUUCGGUCGUAUUAACACAAUAAAAAUGAAUAUCCUCUCGCGCAUUCUGUACCUUUUCCAGACAAUCCCGAUCACCAUCCUUCUGGUUUUUAUCCACACCAUUUCCACCGCGAUUCAACACUAUGGAAAAGAGGAGCACCAAGAAUCAGCAGGCUCCAAUUGGAGCUACCCAAAUUGCAGGGGGGAGCGGGACUCCCCUUGAUCAUCGGCUACUACCGAGCAUCCCAUCUGCUGAGGGUCACUGACUGGCACUCACAUCGGACGGAGAAACUAUGGGUGCGGGCAGAAUUAGCUCAGGCCAAGGGGAAAAUACCCUCGGAACUAUGGAGGACGGGAAUUACAACGAACACCCUCAGCACUGGCAAUCCUUUGAUAGACGCAACCCUAAAGGUAUGGUGCGCACUCCGAUUCCCUCAACAGCUGACAACACAUAGCAGCCCACUCACACCCCUCACCCAUAACCCAGACAUCGGAGGAGGACUGACACCAGCAGACCUAAAAAACUUUGGCCGGUCAGAUUGGUCCUAUAUACGCCAAUGGUGCAACAACGGCACCCUAAAAACCCUACCCGAACUAAUCCCAGAUACUGCCCCAACGAUGCUCGACCGGUUCCGAUAUCACCAGGUCAAAUCCUUCUACAAUUCCGCAACAGCCAAACAAUUCCAUCGAGACCCCACAUAUUUUGAAAAAAUAUGCAUCAGUAGGCAACACAUCGAGAGAGGGAUCUCGACGCUAUACACACUGCUUUUGGAGGGUGAGAAUAGACCACCACCGAAAUACAUCGCCAGAUGGGAGAGAGUGAGAGGGGAGGUACUGGAAGCCCGUGAAUGGGAUAAAAUAUUCCUACUCACACACAAAAGUUCUAUUAGCUCAAAAUUUCAGGAGAUGAGCUAUAAGCUACUAACUACCUGGUACCAAACCCCUGACACACUACAUCGCAUGAACCCAGACAAUGACGAGAAAUGCUGGAGAUGCGGAGCAGAGAGAGAGGCACCAUGAUCCACAUAUGGUGGACCUGCCCAGCCAUCGCCCCCUUCUGGGAGAUGGUAAACACCAAAAUACGGGAAAUAUCGGACCCGGAGCUCCCGCUCCAACCACUCCCCAUGCUACUACAUCACACCAGCAUUUCACUGAAAACCUACAAAAAAUCCCUCACUCGACACCUAUUGACUGCAGCUAAAUCACUGAUACCCACCCUGUGGAAAAGACCGUCCGCCCCCACCUUCCAACAAUGGAUGGAUAGAGUGGGAGAAAUACAUACCAUGGAGGGCCACUCAGAGAAAUGCUAUCUAACCUGGACCCCCUGGAUCCUAUACACCGCGGCAGCAGGCUCAGCCUCAUGAAAAACUACACUCCGAUAAGGAAAUUAACCCAUCUUCCUCCUUGCUCCUAAUCCUGCUUCCUCUUUUUCCCAGCUAGACUGCUCCCGCCAUCCCACCCCAUAUAACCCCUCCACCUUCUUGACUACUCCCUGACUAGACCACCCCACACCACAUACUAGACUAAGACAUUCAAUCCAAGAGAACAUGUACAGAAAUACCUUACCAAACACGGAACCAUAGAGUGACAGUAGAUAGAACCCACAAAAACGAUAUCAAGGGACAGAUACACACAAGAAACCCUAAAAGCCUGCAAAUCAAAUGGCCCAUAAGCAAGGUUUACCACACAAUAGACCCCACCACUUUCAGCUCCAGAAGCAACCCAACAACACACAGGCAAUACCCCCGCAGGGCACGCGCACCCACGGGACAUCUCAUACUCAUGCUCCCACAACCACAGAAAAGGACAUACCUUACAGGGUACGUGCACCUGGACACAGGUGGGGCGGGUCAGGUUACCCCAUCCACAGCAUCUGAAAAACCCUAAACAAACAUCUGCCAGGAAGUUCCGCCACAAGCAGACUCACCCACACAUAUAGCCUCUGAUUACCCGCCCCAGGCAGGGACCCACACCCUUCUCGCGAAUAUCACGCCCUGGGCUGCAAGAAGUCCCAAAUGGUUGGGGUUAUGAAAAUAUGAAAGCCAUAGGACACUCACAUAUACCGAAUAGGUUGAAUUGCAAUAGAUAACAGGCAUACCCCCCAGCUCUCAACUAACGUGUGAUCUGUAAACACGGAAAUAAGUAAUGCUAUGCAACUAUGGAUGUUUACCACUGCAUUUGUACACUCCAAAUGACUGUAUGACAUCCCACCCUCUUUUCCUUCUGUAAACCUCACCUUUUACCUGUUAAAAUUGAAAAGCUGAAAAACUGAAUACAUAAAUAAAGAUUGUCAAAAAAAAAAAAAAUACGCCUUCUGAAAUGGCCCAGUCAGAGUCCUAACCUCAACCCGAUUGAGAUGCUGUGGCAUGACUUCAAGAAAGCGAUUCACACCAGACAUUCCAAGAAUAUUGCUGAACUGAAACAGUUCUGUAAAGAGGAAUGGUCAAGAAUUACUCCUGACCGUUGUGCACGUCUGAUCUGCAACUACAGGAAACGUUUGGUUGAAGUUAUUGCUGCCAAAGGAGGUUCAACCAGUUAUUAAAUCCAAGGAUUCACAUACUUUUUCCAUCUGCACGGUGAAUGUUUACAUGGUGUGUUCAAUAAAAACAUGGCAACAUUUCAUUCUUUGUGUGUUAUUAGUUUAAACAGACUGUGAAUGUCUAUUGUUGUGACUUUGAUGAUGAUCAGAUCACAUUUUAUGACCAAUUUGUGCAGAAAUCCAUAUCAUUCCAAAGGGUUCACAUACUUUUUCUUGCAAAUGUAUAAUUGGGCGGCCAACUGUAAAAUAACCAAGGGAACAUGUUGAAUGGAAUGGGUCAUUGUCAAACUCUCCAAAUAAUAGUCAUUUCCCACCGCUGGUGUCUAGGGGUCCUUAAUCCCUUAUCCACCUUCUAAAAUUAAGUCACUACCUACCAACCCUCACCCAAAUAAUAAGGGUGGGAGGGCAAAAAGAUUUAAAACCUGUACAAAAAAAAAAAUUAAAAAAAAAAUGAUACCACCAAAAGUCUUUUUUUUUCCUUCUAAUUCUUCCUCUAAGUCUUCAAAAGAAUUUCCCAAGCUUUGCAGUAUGAAAACUAGCACUCUGAUUCGAAUACAGCCAAUAAGAGUCCUCUGGCAACCAAAUCUCACUUAUCUCAAACCUUGGGUGUCAGAGCUCUCUGGUUGGUUUACUAGUAAACCAAUCAGCGUGCUCUUUUCAUAUUGCAAAACAUUUUUCUUUUUUUUUUUUUCACAAUUUCCUGCUGGCUAUUUUAAUAUGGUGGUUGGCUAGGAAGCACUGGCUAGCUAGAAAGCACUGGCCAGCCACUACAUAAUUAACCCUGCUGUUUUUUUGUUUUUUUCACUACUUGUCUGCUGGCUGCUUGUGCUGCUACCUCAUUGAUUUUCAACAUUCAGCCUGGAUUUCAGUCAUCCGAUUGAGUUUGGCUUGGUUGAAAUCCAGACCAAAUCUACCCCUGUUCCAUUAACAAUGUCCAAAUUUUGCAGUCUGAAUGGCCCUGUUUUCCCUAUUCGGUUCAGGGCCACUUGGCCUUUAGUUAACCCCUUAAGGACCGAGGGCGGUUCAGGACCGUCAUCGGCAUUUUUGCGUUGCCGACCGAUGACGGUCCUGAACCGUCCUAACGGUCAGAGCUACUUACCUGAUCGCCGUCGUUCCCCCGGCGGCGAUCAGCGUGGCUCCGGUUGUGGGGAGACUGCCUGCAGCCCAGACAGUCUCCCCACGGCAGAUUAGGACCCCUGUGGCCAUGUGAUCGCUUAACACAGCGAUCACAUGGUCACAAUAGGUGUCCAUGUGUCUGCCUGCAGGGGGACUGUCUGUGCUGACAGGCAGUCUCCCUGCUUGUGUAAAAUCAGAAGAAAAAAAAUAAAGUUAGUGUUAAUUAAAAAAAAUAAAAUAAUUAUAUAUGUGUAUAUAUGAUAUAUAGACAUAUAUUAUAUCUAUAUAAUAUAUGUCUAUAUAUCAUAUAUAUAUAAUGUCAUACUAAGUGUAUUUUUAUAUUAAUAUGUACUUAUAUUAAUGUAAAAAUACACUUAUAAUUAAAUUACACACGUAUAUAUAUAAUAUAUAUAAUAACUAUAUAUAUUGUAUAUAUAUAUUAUAAAAUAUAAAUAAUAAGUAAUUUAAAUUAAAUAAAAAUUUUUUAAAAUAAUAAUAAAAAAUUAAAAAAAAAAUUAUAUAGCUAUAUGAAAUUUUAUUCUAACUGUAUUUUAAAAUUAAUAUAUAUAUAUUUAUAUCAAAAUACACUUAGAAUGAAUUUGUAUAUAUAUAUCUAUGUAUAUAAAAAUAAAUAAAAAUAAUAAGAAAUAUACAUAAGUCCAUAUACAAAAUUACAUAAAUAAUUAUAUAAAUAUACACGUAGACUUCAGAUAUAUAAAUAUGCAUAUAUAUUUAAAUUCUACGUGCGUAUUUAUGUAAUAGUUUUACAUAAUUCAGUCAUUUUAUUGAUUGCAAUUUAAGGGACCUGCCUGCCAACCCAGGCCGAAAUUCCAGAGAAUUGAAUUUGCUAGCACUGUAUUUUACCCUGUAACGUUCUACGACACCCUAAAACCUGUACAUGGGGGGUACUGUUUUACUCGGGAGACUUCGCUGAACACAAAUAUUAGUGAUUCACAACAGUAAAACAUAUCACAGCGAUGAUAUUGUCAGUGAAAGUUACUUUUUUGCAUUUUUCACACACAAACAGCACUUUUACUGAUGAUAUAAUUGUUGUGAUACGUUUCCAGUUUUUAAACACUAAUAUUUGUGUUCAGCGAUGUCUCCUGAGUAAAACAGUACCCCCCAUGUACAGGUUUUAUAGCAUUUUUGAAAGUUACAAGGUCAAAUAUAUGGGUCAAAUAUUUUUACAUUGAAAAUGGCCAGGUUGGUUACGUUGCCUUUGAGAGCGUAUGGUAGCCCAGGAAUGAGAAUUACCCCAUGAUGGCAUACCAUUUGCAAAAGAAGACAACCCAAGGUAUUACAAAUGGGGUAUGUCCAGUCUUUUUUAGUAACCACUUGGUCACAAACACUGGCCAAAAUUAGCGUUCAAUUUAGUUUUUUUACUUUUUUCACACACAAACAAAUAUGAAUGCUUACUUUGGCCAGUGUUUUCGACUAAGUGGCUACUAAAAAAGACUGGACAUACCCCAUAUUGAAUACCCUGGGUUGUCUACUUUAAAAAAAAUAUGUACAUGUGGGGUGUUAUUCAGAGAUUUAUGACAGAUAAUAGUGUUACAAUGUCACUAUUGAUAAAUUUUAAAAAUGUAUGUUUUGAAACCGCAAUAUCCUACUUGUACCUAUAGCCCUAUAACAUGCAAAAAAAAGCACGUAAACACUGGGUAUUUUUAAACUCAGGACAAAAUUUUGAAUCUAUUUAGCAGUUUUUUCAUUCGCUUUUGUAGAUGAGUAAAAGAUUUUUCAAGUAAAAGUAAAAAAACAUGUAUUUUUUCAAUUUUUCAUCAUAUUUUUUUAUUUUUUUUAAAUUAAAAUACAUGAGAUUAUAUAAAUAAUGGUAUGUAAAGAAAGCCCAUUUUGUCCUGAAAAACAAUAUAUAAUUUGUAUGGGAACAGUAAAUGAGAAAGCGGAAAAUUACAGCCAAACACAAACACCACAAAAGUGUAAAAAUAUGCCUGGUCGCAAAUGUACAACAUCGCAAAAACAGUCCAGUCCUUAAGGGGUUAAUAACCCUGCAUAUGUUGUGCUUAUAUGGAUUGCAAUAAUGCCCUGGAAACAUGGCUGCAUUUUUUUUUUUAUAUAAAUAAAUCAUAGUAUGUGUGUGUGUGUAUAAAUAAAUUAUUAUACAGAUUAUCAUUUUUAUAAUCCUGUGUUUUUCUGUGCUUCUUUUUUCUUCCAGUUGUGAAAGUUAAGUAUGGGAAUGCAGAUGGAGAGUUCUGUAAAUUUCCAUUUCUUUUCAAUGGCAAAGAAUAUAACAGCUGCACAGAUGCUGGACGCAGUGAUGGUUUUCUUUGGUGUUCUACUACUUACAAUUUUGAAUCCGAUGGGAAAUAUGGUUUCUGUCCCCAUGAAUGUAAGACAUUUAUCUUUUUUGAUACCUUGUUGGAGUGCAUGCAUUGCUUUGUUAGUGGCCAUUAUCUCUAG